GCUCAGGUUGUUUCCAGGGGGAGAACUCUGCAGAGAAGAGACGGAGUUCAACAGGACAACAAAGGGCCAGCAGAAACAGCCAGGAAAACGAAGAGCCCUCAGGUUUUUCACCCAGAGCCCCCAAAUCAGAGUUCUCGAAUUCUAAAGUAUUCCUCAAAGUGCCACUUGACGGGAACUUUUCGCCUGCCUUUUCCUUUCUCCAACCACCAUGACUGAGAUCACUGCUGAAGGAAAUGCAUCUACUACCACAACUGUGAUCGACAGCAAAAAUGGAUCUGUGCCCAAAUCCCCUGGAAAAGUGCUGAAGAGGACAGUCACAGAAGACAUAGUGACAACAUUCAGCUCCCCAGCAGCCUGGCUUCUGGUCAUUGCUCUGAUCAUCACAUGGUCAGCUGUUGCCGUUGUUAUGUUUGACCUAGUGGAUUACAAAAACUUUUCAGCAAGCUCUCUUUCCAAGAUUGGCUCAGAUCCUCUAAAACUUGUACAUGAUGCUGUGGAAGAAACCACGGACUGGGUCUAUGGCUUCUUUUCUUUGUUGUCUGACAUCAUCUCGUCUGAGGGUGAUGAAGAUGAUGAUGAUGGGGAUGAGGACACUGAUAAAGGAGAAAUAGAGGAGCCUCCCUUGAAACAAAAAGAAAUACACAAAGAAAAGGCUGAAAAGGAAGAGAAACCUGAAAGGAAAAUACUAACCAAAGUUGCACACAGAGAAAAAGAAAAAGUAAAAGAAAAAGAAAAAUCUGAAAAGAAAGCGACUCACAAGGAAAAAAUUGAGAAAAAAGAAAAACCAGAAACAAAGACAAUGGCAAAAGAAGAGAGGAAAGCCAAGACUGAAGAGAAGAUCAAAAAGGAUGUGAAAGGUGGAAAACAAGAGAAAGUGAAGCCAACAGCUGCAAAAGUCAAAGAAGUACAGAAAACACCACCUAAGGCCAAAGAGAAGGAGGGGAAAGAGACUGCGGCUGUGGCCAAGCAUGAACAGAAAGAUCAGUAUGCAUUCUGUCGAUAUAUGAUUGACAUGUUUGUCCAUGGGGAUUUAAGACCAGGACAAAGCCCAGCCUUACCACCUCCAUUACCAACAGUACAAGCUUCCAGACCCACUCCGGCAUCACCUACUCUUGAAGGAAAAGAAGAGGAGGAAAAGAAGAAAGCUGAGAAGAAAGUAACUUCUGAAACAAAAAAGAAAGAAAAAGAAGAUGUCAAAAAGAAGACGGACAAGGACACUGCCACUGAUGUGAAAAAAAAAGAGCCAGGGAAAGCUCCUGAAACCAAACAAGGGACUAUAAAAGUUGUGGCACAAGCAGCGGCUAAAAAAGAUGAAAAGAAGGAAGAUUCCAAGAAAACAAAAACACCUGUAGAAGAACAUCCCAAGGGAAAAAAACAGGAAAAGAAAGAAAAGUACGUGGAACCAGCAAAGUCGUCAAAGAAGGAACAUUCAGCUCCAAGUGAAAAACAAGUAAAAGCAAAAACUGAACGAGCCAAAGAAGAGACUGGUGCUGCCUCAACUAAAAAAGCUGUACCUGGAAAGAAGGAAGAGAAAACAACCAAGACAGUGGAGCAAGAAAUUAGAAAAGAAAAGUCCGGGAAGACUUCUACAGCUUCGAAGGACAAAGAGCCUAUUAAGGGAAAAGAAGUGAAAGUUCCAGGUUCCCUAAAGGAAAAAGAGCCUGAAAUUAAAAAAGAUGAAAAGAUGCCCAAAGCAGACAAAGAAGUCAAGCCUAAGCCUCCACAGUCACAAGUAAAGAAAGAAGAGAAAUCAGAGUCACAAGUUAAAAAAGAAGCAAAACCAGAACAAGACAUAGCAAAACCAGAAAAGACUGUUUCUCAUGGGAAACCAGAAGAAAAAGUUGUCAAGCAGGUAAAAGCUACAGAAAAAGCAGCUAUAGAAAAAACAGUCAAGCCCAAACCAACAAAAAAAGCUGAACACCAAGAAAAAGAAUCUCCAACUAUAAAAACAGACAAACCCAAACCAACCUCAAAGGAAACACCAGAAGUCACAGAAUCAGGGAAGAAGAAAAUUGAAAAAUCUGAAAAAGAAAGUAAAGAAAAAGCAGAAAUGAAACAUCUUAAAGAAGAAAAAGUCUCAACAAGAAAAGAAAGUCUUCAAUCACACAACGUGACAAAAGCAGAAAAACCUGCAAGAGUAUCAAGAGAAGAUUUGGAAGAUGUAUCAGCUUCAAAGAAAGCUAAAGAAGAAGCUGAAGAUGUGUCUCCCACAAAGAGGCAAAAAAGCCCCAUCAGUUUCUUCCAGUGUGUCUACUUGGAUGGAUACAAUGGCUACGGAUUUCAGUUUCCUGUCACUCCCGCAUACCGUCCUGGAGAGAGCUCUGGCCAACCAAGUUCUCCAGGACAGAAGCAACAAGGACAAUAGACCCUCUACGCACAGCCCUUCCAAGUGCUUUAAGACUUUGAAAAUAGGACCUUCUGUUUGUCUGCAGUGACAUAGGCAACUGAAAUCAUGAAUCCGGGGAGUGUCUCUGAAACUGUUUUACUCUUCUUGAAUGAUAAGCAAACACGUUGAAAGAUCUGGCACUCAAGAAUCUGUUAUUUGUGUUUGUUGCUAGUGUGGAUGCUUAUAUAUUUUUUUUUAUUUCUACUCACUGUAGGUUUGCUCACAAGUUAAAGUUUACUUAAUGAUCUUUUAAACAUACUUGAUGCAAUUACAAAAUGGAAUUCCUGAUUUCAGUGCGAUAUGGUUUUAAGUGACAACACAGAUGUUUUCAGUUCAAAAGAGUGCAGGAGCUUAUACGAAAGCUGCUCUUUAUCAUGUAGAUCUUUGAACGCAAUCUGACCACUAAGAUGAUGUUAAUAGUUUAAUUUUAUUUAUGUCUCUUCCUAUUUUAGUUACAGUAAUGCUCUAAGAAUGGGUAGUAGUUGACACAUAUAGGGCUGUAAGUUCCUUGUGAUGCUCUUUCACUUAGAAUUCAAAAUAUCUCUGAACUUUGGACAUGGUAAGAUGGAGUAGAAAUAUUUGAAGUUUGAUAAAUCUUAUUUCAAAGAUUUAUCUUGAAUUACAAUUAGGACAUUGUCUCCAGUAGAAAUAAACCAUCCAGUUAGGCAGGUCUGGUGAAAGUGUUUUUUUAAAAAUAAAAGCAAAUGAGAUGUAGUAUUUUCAGAUUUCUCCAGACUAUGCCCUAAUAAAAAUGUCACCUGGGUGAAAUUUUAGAUCAGUCACUAAAUAUGGGUGACAGGCACAAACGUAUUUCACUUCACUUUAAUAGGAUUAUCCUAUGCAGUUAAAUAUGUUUACUUUCUCAAAAAAUACAUAUAUAAAUAUAGAAGUUAAUGUCAUCAAAAUUGAAGAAAUGCAUUUUAACCAUAAAUGCUUCAUGAGAUGUCUUACUUGUUUUUGCAGUAAGUGGUAAUCAGUGCCAAGGAAAUAAGUGACUAUCUUUAAGUUACUUGAUAAUGCAUCACUGGGAAUGACUAUUAUGGUUUUGUCACCUUUUUGUCUCCCAGUGAUACGAACACUUGUGUUCUUUACCACAUUUUUCUAUCAACAUUAAAGUCAUGCCACUGUGACCUUUAUCAUGUUUACAGUUGCAACUCAACUUAUGACAAAUAAGCUCAGGAAAUAAGUUCUCCUUUUUUGGCAUUCUAAUUACCCUCUGGUGGGGUAGCCAGAGCCAAUACUAGCCAAGUGACUUAUUUUCAAGGACUGUAACUAUGUAAGUUCUUUAAGUCCUAGUUAGGUCACUAUUUUACUAAAAUAUCACUAGGCUAGGGCAUCAGUUACACAUUCAGUAUCAAUAAUGGAUUUUCAGUGACUUUGGCAAAAAGAGUUGGUCUCAGGCACAUGCUAGUGGAUCUAACUCACGCCACAAAAGCCAAUGUUUUAAUGAACCAAGAUUAACGACACUCUUUUGGGGGGACCUGGAGUAUGUACCUUCAGGACUGACCACAUGGUAUAAUCUUGCAAAGCCCCUUUCAUGUAGCAAUGGAAACUUUUGGGUAGGACUGUAGAUAAACUUUAUUACUCAACUGUUCCUACAGUUUGUCCAAUUUAAUGAAGAAGGGAAUGGAGAGAAAAUAUGACAAUUGUUUAGAUUUCAUAGAAUGGUUUAUCCAUUCUUUCAUUCAAUGGCUAUUGAGUACUUACUCUACUUACUCUUUCUAGGGCACUAUGUUAAGCACUGGACUACAUAAGAAAAUUAUUAGAGAUAAAUUCUAUUCCCAGUGCUGUCCUGACACAACAUGUGGCCUUGGAAAAUUUCCUAAAUGCACUAUGAUUGUUUCCCUAUGUGUGAAAUAGGGAUCAAGACAAACAACCUGAUACCUCACAGAUGUACUGUGGACAAUGACAAUAUAUCUUAAUACAAAUAUGACGUCAAAAUAAAUUUCUGAAAUAAUA